AUGGCGGGCAUUCAGACAGAGCAUGCUUACCAAAAGCAGCCUACAAUCUUUCAAAACAAGAAGUGUGUUUUGCUGGGAGAACCCGGCAAGGAAAAACUCCCUUGGCACUACAAAAACAUCGGUCUAGAAUUCAAGACGCCCAAGGAGGCCAUUGAGAGCACCUACAUAGGCAAGAAACGCCCCUUUAUGUGUGAUGUCUUCAUCCGAGGUCAGAUUCUGCCUGGUGUCAUGGUGAAGAUGAAGAUGCAGAGGACUUUUGUCAUCUGCUGGGACUGCCUCCACUAUGUUCGAAAAUACAGCCACUUUGAGGAGUGUCACAAGAACAAGUCUGUGCACCCAACCCCCUGUUUCAGGGGUGUACAUAUCGGGGACAUUGUCACUGUUGGAGAGUGCAAGCCACUGCGUGAGACUGUUUGA